CGCCGCUCCAGGGCCUCCCAGGCCUCCCCAGCGCCAGCUUUCGAUGAGCCUCGGGCAUUCCUAGCUGGAGAGUUUGGCUGGGGGUCGCUACAGACUCUUCAGAGCGGCUGCAGCAGGACCUCAGGGUGAUCGCGGGACCGCGGGGCGGGGCGAGUGGUGGGAUCCUGGCCCGGACAGAGCCCCGGAAAGCCAGAGGGAAGGUCGGUGCCACUGUAGGUGGGGUCGCCGUCCCCAGAUGCAGCCGCUGCACUGUCGCCGCCAGGUUUCUCGGUCAAAUAACCCAGGCCUGAGUGUUUCAAACUCUUCAGGCCUCUGACCCCUGGACCAGCUAUGGAUGGACUAAUGAAAUGGACUAACGUCUAAAACGCACACAUUUAGAUGUACACAUACUCUUACAAGGACAAAAGUAUGUGUCUACACACACACACACACACACACACACACACACACGACUUUGCAAAUGUAUUCACGGAUUCCUAGGCCGGUACCUGGGUUCCCGGCUAAGGAAAGCUGCCCUGGUUAUUAUCUGGUCACCUCACCGGUUGCGCAAACGUGUCCACAACGGGUCCCUCCCCGAGAGGCCACAUCUCGCCUAAGGUGGAGCCAGCAGGUAUUUGCCUGUGGAAAACUGCAGUGGAUCCUGCCCCGUCUGCGUAGACUGCGCAGCGCGGAGUCAAAGAUUCGUUCUGGCCAGAGAGGAGGUACUCAGAGAGGUGAGACCUAGCCAAGAACGAGGUCGUGGAGAAAACCCUGUGGGGGCGGCGCUCACAUAUGCGGUGAUGAGGAGUUGUGAGGGCCCUGGGGUCGGUCCCGAAAAGUAGGGAUAACGGUCGCAGAGGCCAUACUGCUUUCCCCGGUCCCGAAUCCGCACUGCCAGGAGAGAUCCGGCCUUCAAACGCUGCUCCCAACGUUCAACAACGAAGUGCCCUGCGACCGGUGUGCGCAGCGGGCGGGCGCCUGCAUGGGUCAAUGUUGGAUGUGGGAUGUACGCGCCCACCACGCGGUUGUACGGGUGGGAAUGUCACCCGUGGCUAGUGCAUGCUCUGUCUUUUCCUUCAGAACACGACCUUCAGGAAUCAGCCUGAGUGUUCGCGCCCGAGCCCGAUUGGAAGCAGGCGGAUGUUCCCCCCCUUCAAGGUGCGAGUCAGCGGCCUGGACAAGAAGGCCAAGUAUAUCCUGCUGAUGGACAUUGUAGCCGCUGACGAUUGCCGCUAUAAGUUCCACAACUCGCGCUGGAUGGUGGCGGGCAAGGCCGACCCUGAGAUGCCCAAACGCAUGUACAUCCACCCAGACAGCCCAGCCACGGGGGAGCAGUGGAUGGCUAAGCCUGUGGCCUUCCACAAGCUUAAGCUGACCAACAACAUCUCUGACAAGCACGGCUUCACCAUCCUAAACUCCAUGCACAAGUACCAGCCGCGCUUCCACAUAGUGCGAGCCAACGACAUCCUGAAGCUGCCUUACAGCACCUUCCGCACCUACGUGUUCCCGGAGACCGACUUCAUCGCCGUCACUGCCUACCAGAAUGACAAGAUCACACAGCUGAAGAUCGACAACAACCCGUUUGCCAAGGGCUUCCGGGACACCGGGAACGGCCGGCGGGAGAAAAGGAAGCAGCUGACGCUGCCGUCUCUACGCUUGUACGAGGAGCACUGCAAACCCGAGCGCGAUGGCGCGGAGUCAGACGCCUCGUCGUGCGACCCUCCCCCCGCGCGGGAACCACCCAACUCCCCGGGCGCAGCGCCCAGUCCCCUGCGCCUGCACCGGGCCCGAGCUGAGGAGAAGUCGUGCGCCGCGGACAGCGACCCGGAGCCUGAGCGGUUGAGCGAGGAGCGUGCGGGGGCGCCGCUAGGCCGCAGCCCGGCUCCAGACAGCGCCAGCCCCACUCGCUUGACCGAACCCGAGCGCGCCCGGGAGCGGCGUAGUCCCGAGAGGGGCAAGGAGCCGGCCGAGAGCGGCGGGGACGGCCCGUUCGGCCUGAGGAGCCUGGAGAAGGAGCGCGCCGAAGCUCGGAGGAAGGACGAGGGGCGCAAGGAGGCGGCCGAGGGCAAGGAGCAGGGCCUGGCGCCGCUGGUGGUGCAGACAGACAGUGCGUCCCCCCUGGGCGCCGGACACCUGCCCGGCCUGGCCUUUUCCAGCCACUUGCACGGGCAGCAGUUCUUUGGGCCGCUGGGAGCCGGCCAGCCGCUCUUCCUGCACCCUGGACAGUUCACCAUGGGCCCUGGCGCCUUCUCCGCCAUGGGCAUGGGUCACCUACUGGCCUCGGUGGCAGGCGGCGGCAACGGCGGAGGUGGCGGGCCUGGGACCGCCGCGGGGCUGGACGCAGGCGGGCUGGGUCCCGCGGCCAGCGCAGCAAGCACCGCCGCGCCCUUCCCGUUCCACCUCUCCCAGCACAUGCUGGCAUCUCAGGGAAUUCCAAUGCCCACUUUCGGAGGCCUCUUCCCCUACCCCUACACCUACAUGGCAGCAGCAGCCGCAGCCGCCUCGGCUUUGCCCGCCACUAGUGCUGCAGCUGCCGCCGCCGCAGCCGCCGGCUCCCUCUCCCGGAGCCCCUUCCUGGGCAGUGCCCGGCCCCGACUGCGUUUCAGCCCCUAUCAGAUCCCGGUCACCAUCCCGCCUAGCACUAGCCUCCUCACCACCGGGCUGGCCUCCGAGGGCUCCAAGGCCGCUGGAGGAAACAGCCGGGAGCCUAGCCCCCUGCCCGAGCUGGCUCUCCGCAAAGUAGGGGCCCCAUCCCGCGGUGCCCUGUCGCCCAGUGGUUCGGCCAAGGAGGCGGCCAAUGAACUGCAGAGCAUCCAGAGACUGGUGAGUGGGCUGGAGAGCCAGCGAGCCCUCUCCCCAGGCCGGGAGUCGCCCAAGUGAGGGGCUGCCCAGCUGCUCCCCUGCCACGCAGGCCACCCGGGCUGCCUGCCCCUGCUGCUUGGGACGUGUACAGCACAGAAUGAGUAUUUAUUUAAAUAAAGGAGAAAAGUGGGCUGCA